AUGGUCGCCGGAAUUUACGAACCGCUUGACGAGGAAAAUCUCGACGUUCGCUUCCUCAGACUUUCGCCUGCAACUCGACUGGAUGAUUACAUUAACUGUCUCGUGUACAAGGCCAGCGUCCUGGACGAUACCUAUCCGGUUUACAGAGCUCUUUCAUACUGCUGGGGGAGCCCAACGCCGGCUUGUCAAAUCACUUUGAACGGGGUAUUGGUAGUAGGCCCCAAUCUAGACAGCGCUCUGCGCCACCUCCGCGACAAGUCAACCGAUAUUGAGCUCUGGGUCGAUGCCUUGUGUAUCAACCAGGAUGAUCUGGACGAGCGUGCUUCUCAGGUUCAGCUCAUGGAUUCGAUGUAUGGGGAUGCGGAAGAAGUUGUGGUAUGGCUCGGCGACUCUUCCAACGAUAGCAAGAUCGCAAUAAGUACGAUUAAGAAGUGGAGUGAGUGGUACGAGCUGAAGGGCAAAGCGGACAAAGAUGCAGCCUUUUCAAUCGCGGAAGACUUGCCACUGGCAUUCAAGGCUUCUGCCAUUGAAGCUGUUAGCAAUCUUUUAACCAUCGCCUCCCUAGACUACAAAAAGAGCACAGAAGAAGUGUACUGCGAAGUGUACUGCGAAGUGGCUGAGAGGCUUCUACUCGACGACCAGUCUCUCAGGCUGGUAGCGAUUGCUUCUGGUGUCAGUUCUUGCCCAACAAACAUCACGAAACUCUCUCUACCCUCGUGGGUACCGGAUUGGACGUGCGGGGAUAGUCUGGAAAGAUUGAACUUUGACUUCGUGAAAUCCGGUGACAAUCUCAAUGACGGGGCCGAUAUCGGACAGUUUGUGCGUUUCUCAGAUGAUCACCACACGCUGGUGGCAAAGGGAGUAAUAUAUGACACGAUUGCAAAGACAUAUCCGCCAGAAUGGCUAACGGAUAUGAAAGCUCACAAGGCCUCCAUUCUGGGAUACCUGCUCGGAGAAGAGUCGUCGAACCGCAUCCCAAAAUUUCAGGGAUUGUUCCGAGCACUCUCUCUGAACAUGGAGUGGCCUAAGCCGGGCAAUGCCGAGUCUCGCAUGUCAUUCUUAAACAAGGCUGGGUGGUAUCUAUGGAAGUUCUGGCUACGAGAUGGAGAAGAAAGCUCUCAUAAUCCCACAGGUGUGCUGCUUGCCCGAAACUUCUUCCACGGUGCCGCGGUAGUCCUGUUUCAGGAAUUCGAGGCCAUGAUUCGGACGGGCAUUCGGUGGAAAGAAAGUGACGUCCAGAAGGAUAUCGUCGACUUCUGUGAGGCAGCAACGAGGAGGAUGCGCCGUCGUAUUCUCUUCGAAACAGAGCAGAGAAGAAUCGGUCUCGGCCCCCCUGAUACACAAAUGGGGCACAAAAUCUCUACGCUCGUGGAGACUCGUGCCUCCUCAUAG